GGAGAGGCUGAAUUAACGAGAAAUUUGUUCAGAAGACAAAACUGGAUUAUCCUUCUGAAAGAGAAGAUUCAACGAUGGAGCCUGUCCAUGUUAAAGAGGAGAGUCCUGUACUAGAAUCAGUCCAUAUUAAAGUGGAGAGUCCUGUACUAGAACCAGUCCAUAUUAAAAGGGUUAUUCUCAAUUCUAAACCCUUAAGCAGCUUUCAGGGCUCUCUUCCCUGUCCUGGAUGUGGGGAGAGUUUUAAUCCUGAAGGAAACCUUGAAACAUCUCCUGGAAAGACUCUGCAUCGCUGUGCUGGAUGUGUGAAGACUUUCAGGGAGUCAGGAAUCCUGAACGGACAGCAGCAAACAGGCACUGGAAAGACUCCAUAUAACUGUCAUGAAUGUGGGGCGGAUUUCAGACACCACAGCACCGUGAAACACCACCUGCGAGUUCUGAAGGUACAGCUGGGUUAUCCUUGUGAAAGGCAGGAUUCAGAGAUGGAGCCUGUCCACAUUAAAGAGGAGCUUCCUGAACUAGACCCUGUCCAUGUUAAAGAGGAGGGUAACCAUUUUAAAACAAGCAGCUUGCAGGACUCUCUGUCCUGUACAGAAUGUGGAAAGAGUUUCAGUCAGUCACAAAACCUGAAACGUCACCAGCGAAUCCACACAGGAGAGAAACGACAUGUCUGUGCUGACUGUGGGAAGAGUUUCAGUAAGUCAAGCCAUUUGAAAAUACACCAGCGAAUUCACACAGGAGAGAAACCGUAUCUGUGUAGUAAAUGUGGGAAGAGUUUCAGUUCGAUAAACAAAUUGAAAAUGCACCAGCGAAUUCAUACAGGAGAGAAACCUCAUGUCUGUGCUGACUGUGGGAAGAGUUUCAGUCAGUCUGGCACUUUGAAAAGACACCAGCAAAUUCACACAGGAGAGAAGCCACAUCACUGUUUUGAGUGCGGGAAGAGUUUCAGCCGGAUAAGCAUCUUAAAAUUGCACCAGAAAAUCCACACAGGAGAGAAACCGUAUGUCUGUGCUGACUGUGGGAAGAGUUUCAGACAUUUACAAAACAUGAAACUUCACCAGCGAAUCCACACAGGAGAGACACCAUAUGGCUGUGUGGACUGUGGGAAGAGCUUCAGAAAUUUACAAAAGCUGAAACUUCACCAGCUAAUCCACACAGGAGAGAAGCCGCAUCACUGUAAUGACUGUGGGAAGAGAUUCAGUCGAAUAGACAAAUUGAAAAUGCACCAGCGAAUCCACACUGGAGAGAAACCUCAUGUCUGUGCUGACUGUGGGAAGAGUUUCAGUCGGGUAGACAAAUUGAAAAUACACCAGAGAACUCACACAGGAGAGAAACCUUAUCACUGAUUUCAAUGUGGAAAGUCUUUUUACUGCUUCCAGUUCUCUUAAAAGACACGAAUGCAGGUUGUGAAAGUUUAAGCAGAAUGUGAGUGUGUGUUCAUUCACCCGCACUCAGAAAUUCCAGUCUUUUUAAACAGCAGCUCAACCCUUUACAAGCUGUGUGUUUUUGUGUCAUAAGUCAUUCAAAUUGUAUCAGAUCACAUAUCAUUUAAAAGCUUAGGGCUUGCAGACCCUUUUCCCCCAGUAUAUAUUUACAUAAUUUAGAACAUGCUGGAAUAUAAAAAGGCACAGAAAUGACAACUAAGUAAAAUUACAAACAUUUUUCAGUAACUAUUUAUGCAUUCACGUCACCGUGAAGUGUAUACGUUUGACUUCAAGUAACUCUGUCAACGGGAAAGCCACGACACCAAGAGGUGGUGUUAAUGGAAAAGUCCAAAUUUGAGGAGGAAUAGAGUUUAUCCAACAAUAAGACCAUAAAUGGAAUGAGCUUUGACCUCUUGAGGUCAAAUAAGUAAAUAACAAAAUAAAUCAAAUAGUAAAUAAAUAAAUACAAAAAAACUAUUAAAAAAAUACAUACGCAAUUGUAAAUACAACUAAAAAUAGUGAAUAAAUCACUGCCUUGGAGACGAUGAGGCUUGGGUACUGACGAGCUGUCAGCCUCAGCAGGUGUCCUGUGGUGCUCAGCCUGCCUCUGAACACCUGCACUGGGGUCUGCACUGUCAGGCACGGUAAAAUCAGAAAGUCUGGUAAAGCCACAUUCUCAACAGGCAAAUAAAAAAGUAAAGUGCAGUUAAUGCAUAGUGUAAGCAUGGGAGAAGGGUGAUAAACUGCAAUAUUACUGUGCAAAUUUAUAAUCCACUUAUCAACUUUUAAGAGUGACGUUAUUUGCUUCUUAGUAAAAUAAAACGACAAUGUACUGCAAAUAAGUUGCAAAUAAAACAUCUAUUGCUCAAACAUUAUAACUCGACUAAUAAGCAGCAACCUUGUAGCUGAGAUGUCUGUUGUACAAGCAUUUACUACAGAAAAUCGGGUUAAAAAAUGAACCCUUCAGAUGGUGAAUUACAAAUAAAUACAAACCCGUGCAGACAUCAAAUGGCUGAUAAAAAAAGACUGACUCAGAACGUCGUUUUAUAAAGUAAAUCAUCUGCCUAAAUAACUAUCGACACGCGAUCAAUGUGACAGGUAAUUUACAUGUAAAAAACUAAAUAAACCAACAUGCAAGGAAACCGACAAACACGAGAAUGCAUCCUAAAUAUAUUGCUAAUGUAAUACGUCAUGGCGUAAGGGAUAUGUGAGCAAGAACAUAAAUAAAAAAACAGAGACAACAUCAAAUCAUGAAUUCUUACCUUCCGUGUCUCCAGCGAAAAUAUGAUCCAAAAGCUCUUCAUCCUUCAAUUCAGGAUCCUUGACCCCACAGGAGUAUUCACAAUUACUCUCAUUCUCCAAAACUAACUGCAUUACAGCCUACGCACCUACCGAAUUACAUUUUACAAAAGUAGCACUCUCUGUUUUCACUCAUAACUACAAUCUCAUCCGGGUUCAAAGUUCAUAGAGUCUUCCCUUCAGGCCACUUGACUUUUUUUUUAAUCCUAUCUGUACACACAGAUCACAAUUCAGCACCUUUUUAAUUGAUAAACAAGCCAGGCAGUUUUGUGAAAGGGUGGACCCAACCUUGAAAGGGUUAAUAUAAAAACUGUAAGAACUCUGGUGAAUGUCUACAGACGACACAGAUCCCUCAAUAUUAAACACACUGUUCUGAAGCCAUUACAUUUAUAAAGUACAUAACUAUAAGUUUUAUAGCAUUAAUAUCAUUAAUCAUGUUACUGUUUAAACAACGUAUCUGUAAUUAGGGUUAGAAACUAAUACAACUGGUACUAGUCCUAAGGACUAGUACCUUUUUAAACUCACUAGUCCUUGAGUGAAAUUCCUGAGUCUGAAUCAACAACAGCUGUUGAGGUCCCUAAAAUAUUAAGCUGAAAUUUUAUUUUCCUAAAAAAUGAACACUUAGAUUUUUUUUUAUUUUUUAUUAUUGUAUUUAAAAAGCAAUGCAAUGAAUAUGAAUGCUCAUUCCCAGAUACAUUGAUUGUGUUUCUGCAUCUGCCUUCCCCACAUUCCGAACCCCAGUAAAGUCUGUGUGGACAACACCGUUGACAGCAUACUUCACGUAGCAUAUCACUGCCUCAGUAAUGGAACUAUCUGUAAAACCAUCCGAGAUCACCCACAGAUAUUUAGCAGUUGUCAUUCUGGUUAUCUGGGCUGGAUGCUGGGUCCUCUCAAUAGCGUGUAUACACUCUUUUUCCUGUUUAGAAUUGCUAUAAGUUUUCCCCACAUGUAAUCCUUUUGUCUCGUCCAGGUCACACAUCCAUUCAAAGUCAGAUUAAGAGUGGGCAUGCUGUGCAGGGGCGUGAGCUAUUCUGAAAGCACUUUUAUCUUUAAAAUUACAGUGGAGUUUCCGGUUUGUAGUAAUUGGUACUCUUUUGAUGUGCCUUGUUCGGCAGUCUUUGCCUUCAGCAGUUUCACACAGGUAUAUUAAUUACUUGAUUUUUCAUGCACUUUAAAAUCGACUCUAAACACUAGAACUGCCGGAUUUUCAAACUACCUAUAACCGCCACCUGGGUCACUGUGAGGCUGUGUGGUCCAGUGGUUAAAGAAAAGGGCUUGUAACCAGAAGGUCCCCGGUUUAAAUCCCACCUCAGCCACUGACUCAUUGGGUGACCCUGAGCAAGUCACUUAACCUCCUUGUGCUCCGUCUUUCGGGUGAGACGUAGCUGUAAGUGACUCUGCAGCUGAUGCAUAGUUCACACACCCUAGUCUCUGUAAGUCACCUUGGAUGAAGGCUUCUGCUAAAUAAACAUAUAAUAAUAAUAACUGACCCAUACAUUUUUAAACUGCUUUGUUAUGAAAAUGAAAUACAUACUAUCAGAUACAAUUUAAAAAGAAAUUGGUAUGUACAUAUACCCGUGUACAUGUGUAAACAUGUACACACAAAACUAUAAAACCGAAAUCAUCAUUUCUAAUACUACAUAAAAAGAAAAUAUAACACUACUUCCGGUAUGUCGACUGCAUUGUACUCUAUGGAGGAGCGUACGCGUCUGCCAGCUGAUUGUGCCUGCAUCCAGGAGCUGUGUUGUAAACACAGACGCAGUUCCGUUAAACACUAUUGUGUAAACACGUGUAAACUGCUACAUACAAACCUGUAAAACCGAAAUGUUUUUUUUUUCUAAAAAUAAUAUAAAAAAAGAAUAUAUAACAUACUUUUCACAUUGGGUACAGAAGUUGUUAUCCUACCUGUCGUUUCAGUUUGCUGUAUGCAUCAGAGUGCAGCUUGCCCUAUUCCAAUCAAAAUGACUACUUUCAAGGUUAAAUAUUUCCUUCUGAUAUAUUCCCAGUUGCAUUUGUGGAACAAGAUGAAGGAUUGCUGUCUCCCAGGUACAUUGAAAAAUAAAGCAUAGGUUUUCACUGAGUUUACAUUUUGGUGCAAUUGUACAAAUCCACAAUCCUAGCAAUACAUUUGUUAUCAAAAACAAAUCUAAACAAAUCCCACCAAACCAUAUUUUAUAAUUAAAGCUAUAUUUUACAGGGGCAGACCUCCGUUCAAUUGCCCUUUUGUACCAAACCGUUGUUCUGUGGGGCUCAGCACUGGCUGUAUGACAUGGGGAGCCGCAUCAUCGAUGUCCAGACUGCACUUGUAGAUCUCUGGCUCUACCGCUCCUAUUAUGCACUGGACUCGCCUGACCUCAACACCACGUUAAUGGAUCCUCAACUAAUGCACUAUCCUUGUCAUUGUAGAUAUAACUUGUUGCAUCCUAGUUCAUGUUGUAUUUUAGUGGUAUUAUUUGCACUUACUGUAAACUACACUGUAUUUAAAUAUUAAGCUUGAAUUUUAACCCGGAACUGCCCUGUAAUACCUGUAAGUCGCCUUGGAUAAAGGUGUCAAAUAAUGUCUCUUCUAUUUGAUAUUAAAAUACCUGUAUCUCUGUUUUACAUCUCCAACAGCUGCCUAUGUAAAGAACUACAGCUCCCAUCAUCCCUCCCUGUUGCUGCCAGUGCAGAGGCAUGCUGGGAGCUGUAGUUUGCAUUCUGAUUAGUUCUGAUCAUGGCAUUAGUUUUUCUUCAACUCCCCUUGCCUUCCUAUGAUGUCAGCAAUCAUUCCGAGCUGUUAUUUUUAAUAUUGCAGUUACUCAGACACUGACACGUCACUAUUUAAAUGACUUAUGAAAUAACUGGAUUUUAUUAUAAUAUUCCUUUAAAGUAUCUCCAAUGGAAACAGGCUGUUCUUCGUAUAUUUCUGUAUCUUUCCUAUGCAUUUAUAUCCCCUUCAGUCACUGUGUGUAUAAUUGUACCGCAUUAAGUUUCCUAUCUAUGUAUCUAUUUUAUAAAUAGGGCUUCUGAUUGUCAGUGUUUUACCCCAUCUUUUCUACUCCUUUAAGAAUUCAAUUGAUUCCUGUUCAGCCAUUUCUUCUGUGAAACAACUAAAUGGGCUUUUUAAAUCGUAAGCCUUACAUUAAGCAAAGACUCGAUGAACUCUGACUCAUCUUUAUUAACGUAAAUACAAUCCUGCAUAACAAUUAUAAUAAAGUGUGUUUCAGCAUGAAAUACUUCAUUUUUCAUUACAGCUUUAAUAAAGAUGAGUCUCUUAUUAACAUGUGUUGGAGAAACAUACACUCUACGAGAAACUAUAGUUUACAAAAUUAACUGGGUUUUAGAUCGAGUUAGUAUUUGGAUUUUAGAGUUAGUUAAGUUAGUUAGACAAUUUGGGGUUUAAUAUUGAAUGUUGAAGCAGGAAAGACAGAUCUUAAAGGAGAAAGCUUUGAAGUACACCAUAUGGAAAUUUAAAGGGGACCCUGUGUUUUCUCAGAGAUAACAUUGUGGGGCUAAAACCUUCAAAGACUGACAAUCUCCUUCCUUUACUUAACUUUAUGACUUUAUCACUUUGCCAGUAAACAUCAGAGAGGCUUUGAUGUCGCAUUCAGUUAAGGUAAUAAGUGGAAGGUGGACCCACGUGCUCAGUGAUAUGACUGGCUGAUAAAUAUGCAUCAGUAUGUAAUUGUCUUUUCUGAUAGGUUAAGGAAGGGGUGAUGUCAUAAGGGAAGCCUAUGUUAAUUCAAGCAUUGUAUUGUCUUGUGCUUAAGGAAAAUAGAGCACCCUGCUGCUCUACUGUAUCUAAUAAAAUAUCUUUGUUGAACUCUACAAUGGAGUUUGGAAUCACAAUA